GAAAGAUGGAGUUUUCACCGACUCGUCAAGGCACAGUGCCGACGGUGAGAAUCUUUGUGGAAAGUGUACCUCCAUUCUGUGCCAGCAAACGUAAUCAGUCAAGCGUACGGUAUAAUCACAAUUGGUGUAUUGUGAACCACCUGUGAACUUGACGUGUAUAGGCCCACCAGAAAUUAUCCAGCAAGUCACAUGGAAACUGCCGAUGUAACAAAAACUUUGAAGGUACUAUCGUCGAAGAAUUCGGAGCGGCCACGCCCCGUAAAGACGGACAUCACACCGCCGGGAUCAGCAGAAGGAGUGAAGUUUGCGUUCUUUCUUGACAAUGUCUUCACGGAAGAGGAAUGUAAGGAACUCAUUCGAUGUUCCGAGGAGAAGGGGUACGAGCAAGCAUUGGUCAACAUUGGUGGUGGGAAACAGAAGCUGGUUCCCUCGUUCCGCGACUGCCAGCGCUGUUUGAUCGACACGACUGAGCUGGUGGGCGCCUUCUGGGAGAGACUAGCCGAGUUCAUUCCGCAGACGUUUAAUCAAUACAAAGCCCUGGGACUGAACGAGAGGCUGCGAUUUCUGCGGUACGAUCCGGGUGAGUUCUUCAAACCGCACUUCGAUGGUCCCUAUGAACGAGGAGUUGUGGAACACUCCGAGAUCACCGUGCAGAUUUAUCUCAACGAGGGGUUUGAAGGAGGAAGCACAACAUUUCUGCCUUAUCUCUCCAGUUGUUCGGACCCACCAGUGGAAUGUGUUCCUAAAAUCGGACGGGUUCUGAUCUUCGAACAUCGGCUGUUCCACGAGGGUUCCCUGUUGAAGGAAGGCCGGAAGUACGCCAUAAGGACUGACGUCAUGUUUACGAAUACGAAACAUCAGGAAUAAAUCUGUACUGAGCACUAGGAUCAAACACUUCAGAAGACACAGCGGUCACGAUAUACAGAGCAAGGCAAAAAAAAAUAUCAAAACCCAAAAAUUGCAGGACCACAUUUUGAAUGAAGUUUUGCCUGUAGCACUU